GAUUCUAGCAACUGCUGGGACUGACUUUGACCUGCGGACCCUGCGAGCCGUCCGGGUGUUGCGACCCCUGAAGCUUGUGUCAGGAAUCCCAAGCUUGCAGGUUGUCCUCAAGUCCAUCAUGAAGGCAAUGGUGCCCUUGCUUCAGAUUGGGUUGCUCCUCUUCUUCGCCAUCGUGAUGUUUGCCAUCAUCGGGCUGGAAUUUUACAUGGGGAAGUUUCAUAAAACCUGCUUCUCUAACGAGACAGGUGAUGAAGUGGGAGAUUUUCCUUGCGGAGAGGAACCUCCUGCCAGGCAGUGUGAAAGUGGGACCACCUGCAGGGAAUACUGGCAAGGGCCCAACUACGGCAUCACCAACUUUGACAAUAUCCUCUUUGCUGUGCUCACCGUCUUCCAGUGCAUCACCAUGGAGGGAUGGACCGACAUCCUCUACAAUACAAAUGAUGCCGCAGGAAAUACCUGGAACUGGCUUUACUUCAUCCCUCUCAUCAUCAUUGGCUCUUUCUUCAUGCUCAACUUGGUGCUGGGCGUCUUAUCAGGUGAAUUUGCCAAAGAACGAGAGAGGGUAGAAAAUCGUCGAGCUUUCCUGAAACUCCGUAGGCAGCAGCAAAUUGAACGGGAACUAAACGGAUACUUGGAGUGGAUCUUCAAAGCAGAGGAGGUCAUGCUGGCAGAGGAAGACAAGAAUGCUGAAGAGAAAUCUCCUCUGGACG